AUGCUGCGUGCCCUGCUGCUGCUGGGGGGCCUGGCCCCCGCCCUGCCCGCCGGUCCCCACUGGGCGUAUGAGGGUCCCCACGGGCAGCAGCACUGGCCCGAGGGGCACCCGGCGUGCGGGGGCCGAGCCCAGUCGCCCAUCGACAUCCAGACGCGUUGGGCGCAGCCGGACCCCUCGCUGCCGCCCCUCCGCCACGUGGGCUACCGCCGCCCCGGCACCCCGGCCUUCACCCUCGCCAACAACGGCCACACCGCGGUGCUGGCGCUGCCGCCCACCCUGCGGCUGCAGGGACUGCCCCGCAGCUUCGCCGCCGCUCAGCUCCACUUCCACUGGGGUCGACCCGGCCGCACCGGCGGUGCCGAGCAUCUCCUCGACGGCCGCCGUGCCCCCGCCGAGAUGCACGUGGUGCACUACGACGCGGAGCGCUACGCCAAUGCCAGCGAGGCCCAGCACCACGCCGGCGGGCUGGCCGUGCUCGGCGUCCUCCUGGAGGUGGGUGCUGACCCCCACCCUGCCUACGACAACAUCCUGAGCCAUCUCGGGAGCAUCCGCUACGCAGGGCAGACGACGACCGUCCCUUCCUUCAGCGUGCAGGACCUGCUGCCCCCACGCCUGGACCUCUACUACCGCUACAACGGGUCCCUCACCACCCCGCCCUGCUUCCAGGGCGUCCUCUGGACCCUCUUCCAGCAGCCUGUCCGCAUCAGCCUGGCCCAGCUGGAGCAGCUCCAGGGAGCCCUUUACGCCACGGCAGCGACCGAGCCCGAGCCCCAGCGCCUGGUGGAUAAUUUUCGGGUCCCGCAGGAGCUCAACCAGCGGCUGGUGCUCUCGUCCUUCCCCAGGGGGCCCGAGGGGUAUUCGACAGGUGAAGUCAUAGCCAUCAUCUUUGGAGCCAUCUCCGGCUGCCUCGGCAUCUUCCUCGCCACCCACUUCGUGGCCAAGAGGAUGCGAGCGAGGAGGGCGCAGGAGCAGGACGUUGUGUUCAAAGCCUCUUCCCGCCGCACCCCCUUGGAUGACGGGCCCCGCCUUUGA